GAGAUGAAGAUGGUGCUCGUCGUCGACGCGAGCCUCGAGAUGGGCGCGGGGAAGGUCGCAGCGCAGUGCGCGCACGCCGCGCUCGGGGCGUACCAGGCCAUCGAGCACGUGCCGAGCCAGCGCGCGUCGCUGAAGCGCUGGGAGAGCGAGGGGCAGAAGAAGAUUUGUCUGCGCGUCGACGGCGCCGACGCGCUCGCGGCGCUCGCGGGAAAGGCAAAGGAGAAGGGGCUGGCGCAUUACGUCGUUCGAGACGCGGGGAGGACGCAGGUCGCGGCGGGGUCGAGGACCGUGCUCGCGAUCGGGCCCGCGCCGGAGAUGGCGAUCAACGAGAUAACCGGCGGGCUCAGGUUGUUGUGA